AUGGGUCUACUCUCGAUAAUCAGAAAGCAAAAUAAAAAGGACAAAAUCAUAGACGUGCUUAUCUUGGGCUUGGACAAUUCGGGGAAAACAACAAUUACGAAACGAAUGUUCAAUGAGGAUGUCGAUUCUGUUUCCCCCACCGUGGGAUUCCAGAUCACUCCCUUUGAAUAUGGAGGCUAUUCGCUAAGUAUAUGGGAUGUAGGAGGACAGACCACGCUACGCGCCUUUUGGGGCGGGUUUUAUGAUCUGACCGACGUUGUCCUUUGGGUGAUUGAUGGCUUGAGCACGGAAAGACUCGAGGAAAGCUUUUCUCAAUUGAACGAGAAGAUCGUGCAACAGGACCGGCUCGCGGGCAUCUAUUUGCUCGUGGUGAUAAACAAGUGCGACUUGAUACCCGAGGACAAGAGGGAGCCAUUGAAGCAGAGCGUGAGCCGAGCUUUGAAAUUACAAGAGCGACUAGACGAUGAUCAUUGGCAUCUUUCACUAGUAAGCGGUAAGACGGGCGAAGGAGUCGAUGAACUCUUGAAGUGGGUUGUUUCGCGAGAUUACUGA